CAGAGUCACUUGACUCAUCACGAAAUAAAAAAAAAAAGAUAGGCUCUUUUUUUUUUUUAUCUUUUUUUGUUAUAAUGUCGGAAGAUUCACGGUUACCGAAACUGCAAUUGUUUCUAAUUUGUGCAUGUCGGUUUGCAGAACCAAUAUCGUUCAGUAUUCAUGCUCCCUUUAUUUAUUUCGGGGGGUUAACCGGGUCCACUUGUAAAGAUGAUUCGAGAUUUUAAAAUGACAGACGAACUUCAUAUUGGUUACUAUGCAAGCUUAAUUACAUCGGCCUUUGCUAUGGCUCAAUUUAUCUCUGGAAUACCGUGGGGAUCUCUCUCGGACCGAAUAGGUCGGAAACCAGUCAUCUUAAUCGGUCUUGCUUCCACGUCAAUAGGCGUGUUAUUAUUUGGCCUGUCAAAGUCAUUUCUCUGGGCAUUGUCCACCAAGAUAUUUUCCGGUUUAUUCAACGGAAACAUCAGUGUACUCAAAAGCAUGAUUGCUGAAUUGACCCAGAAUCACUCUGCAGAGAAACGCACACGCGCAUUUUCUCUCUUACAAGUGACCUUUGGUUUAGGAAGUAUUGUGGGGGCUGCUUUAGGAGGCUAUCUAUCUGAACCAGUGCGUAAAUAUCCUGCCCUCUUUGGUCAUUUGGGCUACAUCACAGAUUUCUUGAUAGACUAUCCUUAUUUCUUACCUUGCUUCUUGGCUACUUGUAUAUCCUCUGUUUGUUGGCUCCUCGUCUUUUUCCUCUCCAAAGAAACACUCUACCUGAAAAAGAAGAUGGAUCCUGAACAGCAACCCUUGCUACCAGCACUUGUCAACCCUGAUCCUCCGACAGGAAUAAAAGAUAUCCUGACACCUCAGGUCAUUGCUAUGAGUCUUAUUUAUGCCAUUGUCGCAUUUCAAAUGCUCUACUUUGACGAAUUAUUACCUACUUGGUCUGCAACACCCAAGGAGGCGGGUGGUCUUGGCUUUCAAUCAGGAGAGAUUGGCACGAUUCUAUCUUUUGCUGGGUCAGUCAUGUUAUUCGUACAAGUCUUUGUCCUUCACCGGCUCACUGCUCUAUUUGGGUUGCUCCAUCUAUUCCAAUUAUCGUUGGUGUCAAGUGCUCUCGUCUUCUUUGCUCAGGGCUUAUGCCGGCUUCUUUAUCGCAUCCCGGAUUUCCAUCACGAGGAGACCAAGAUGUGGGUCUGGUUCGGUCUCGUAUGUUGCUUGACAAUCAAGUCGUUAUCUCAAACCAUUGCAGUCACAACCGCUGUCAUCUUGUUGAAUAAUUCGGUGGCAAGAUCAAAUACCUUGGGCUUUAUCAAUGGUUUUUCACAAUGUUGUAAUGCUGCCAUGCGAACUCUCAGUCCUGCUGUAGCUGGCUUUAUUUGGUCAAGUGCUAUUGCAUGUUAUUGGAUUCCCUUGGAAAUCCGUGCUUACAUCAGCUGGGGGGUUUUAGGUUGUAUCGGGUGCAUGACUUUUCUUUAUGGUACCCAGUUGAAUCCAUUACACUUUAACAAACCACAUAACAACCACAUGAACAAUUAAAAAAAAAAACAAACACGGCAAUCUAAAAAAAAAAAAACUUUUUUUGCAUGAUAGUUACAAAAAUCUUCUUAUUGACAAAAAAAAAAAAAAAAAAAA